CAAUUCCGCGUCUUGACUCUUGAGAAGCAUGAAAUAUUUAUUAGUCCACGUAACGGUGACCCAAUUUGUCACCCGUGAGUAAAACCUUAGCUGCGUAUGUGUGUACUGUUCAUGUACUCACUCACUGUCUCUUUUUGGUAGACGGGAAAUUUCGUAACGCCGAAAAAGAGCGCAUGUUUAUUUCAUUAAAUUAAUUUUUGUGAUACAAAAAUGACACCCAGCAGUUAUGCAGCCCAACAUACUCGUCCAGAAAUAAUUGCUAUGCAGUGAGUCAGCUGAGUGGUCGAGUGGUGGCAGGCGAUGACAGAUCGCAACAACGAACUGGUUCACUACGCGUCACGUACCUUUCUAGUUAACCUAAAAGUUGACUUUUACGAGUAAAGUGCGCGAGGGAGGUGUUUGGUGGUAGAAAAAAAUGCCCAUCAGUUACGCAAUCGAAAAAGACACGGGGAUACGGUCGGAAAGUGUGCGUUUUCUCGCCGUCGAGGUGCAUUAAUUUUAAGCGUAGACCAUCUUUGUUAUGUUGCUAUUCACAAGUUCCACAAGCAAUCGAUGACGGCUGGUGGGGAUAUUAUUACAUGUAAUGUUGUUGUGUGUUGGUUCAGAAUUAAAAAAAAAUUGUCCAAAAAUUGGUGUAUCGAUGUGAAAAGUGUUGUGAAAUAGUUCGGGGAAGAAAAGUACGCAGCAUUGAGGCGAUUUGGGAUAAAUACUCGUCGCAAAUGAAACCAUAGUGACGGCCAGGUAGAGUACCUCGCUAAUCUUCUGGAAAGUAACUUUUCCCGAGCUGAUGAUUAAACCGUGACUUAUACUGUGUCCAAAAGCCGUUUUCCUGUGACUCGUGCUCAAAAAUCCAUCGUGCGUUUUUCUUCUAGGACUUAAUUAUGUAAAAAUAGUAAAAAUGACAACAAAACUGGAUAAAACAGCCAGUCCUGUUAAAACUCAUGGCAACGCGAAACACACACCUAAACAAGAAUCGGGAUAUGGCUACAAAGAAGAAGCUUUCGAGUUUGAUCCGCCCCCGGAAGCCCCGGUAUUCUAUCCAACUGAGGAGGAAUUUAAUGACCCCCUUGAAUACAUUAAUAAGAUUCGAAAAUACGCUGAAGGCUCAGGCAUUUGCAAAAUCAAACCACCCCCAAACUGGCAGCCUCCUUUUGCCGUUGAUGUCGAUAAGUUAAGAUUUACACCACGAAUCCAAAGAUUAAAUGAGCUAGAGGCUAAAACUCGGGUCAAACUAAAUUUUCUCGAUCAAAUCGCCAAAUUUUGGGAACUCCAAGGUUCCACAUUGAAAAUCCCAAUGGUCGAAAAAAGAUGUAUCGACUUGUACACGUUACACAGCAUUGUUCAAAGUCAAGGUGGUUUUGAGCAAGUAACCAAAGACAGAAAAUGGUCAAAAAUCGCCAUUAAUAUGGGAUACCCUCCUGGUAAAAGUAGCAUAGGAACCAUCCUCAAAACCCACUAUGAAAGAUUACUUUUCCCUUUUGAUCUUUUCAAAGUAGGGAAAACUAUGAACUUUAAAAUGACAUCACCAAUUAAUGAAGAAAACGAAAAAGCUGAUAAAGAUUAUAAACCGCACGGGAUCGUAGGGAGGAUGGCCAUUAAACCACCACCUGAAAAACACGCCCGGCGGUCAAAACGAUUCGAAGUUGACCCAAAACUGGAAGACGACGUGAAGGAGGAAUGUAAAGACGAGAACAAAGAGUUGAAACGCCUCCAGUUUUAUGGAGCUGGUCCGAAAAUGGCCAUCAGUAAAGAUAAGGACGACGAGAAGCGGCAUAACAAAACUGUCAAUUACGAUUUCGAUCCUUUAGCGAAAUACGUGUGCCACAAUUGUAACCGUGGCGAUUCUGAAGAAUACAUGUUGUUGUGUGACGGCUGCGAUGACAGUUAUCACACGUUUUGCCUCAUGCCGCCGCUGGGGGAAAUCCCGAAAGGGGAUUGGCGGUGCCCGAAAUGUGUAGCUGAAGAAGUAUCCAAACCUAUGGAAGCCUUCGGUUUUGAGCAGGCACAGCGGGAGUAUACGUUACAACAGUUCGGCGACAUGGCCGACCAGUUCAAAUCGGAGUAUUUCAACAUGCCAGUGCACGUGGUCCCGACGGGUGUCGUCGAAAAAGAGUUCUGGCGCAUCGUCUCCUCGAUCGAUGAAGACGUGACGGUUGAAUACGGUGCUGACCUCCACACGAUGGACCACGGCUCAGGCUUCCCUACCAAAACGUCGCUAAACCUACUACCCGGGGACAAAGAAUACGCCGAUUCCGGCUGGAAUUUGAACAACCUCCCAGUGUUAGAGAACUCGGUCCUUGGGUACAUCAAUGCGGACAUUUCGGGGAUGAAAGUCCCUUGGAUGUACGUAGGGAUGUGCUUCGCCACGUUUUGUUGGCACAAUGAAGACCACUGGAGCUACUCGAUCAACUACCUCCACUGGGGCGAAGCCAAGACAUGGUAUGGAGUUCCUGGAAAAAUGGCCGAAGCGUUUGAAGAAACCAUGAAAUCCGCAGCGCCAGAGCUGUUCCAGUCGCAGCCAGAUCUACUGCAUCAACUGGUCACGAUCAUGAACCCCAACAUAUUAAUGAAAGCUGGGGUUCCGGUGUACCGGACGGAUCAGCACGCUGGCGAGUUCGUGGUGACUUUCCCAAGGGCGUACCACGCAGGGUUCAAUCAAGGGUACAAUUUUGCGGAGGCUGUGAAUUUCGCCCCGGCGGAUUGGCUCAGAAUGGGUCGAGAGUGCAUCCUGCACUACUCAAAUCUGAGGCGUUUUUGUGUUUUCUCGCACGACGAGCUGGUGUGUAAGAUGGCGUUGGACCCUGAUAAGUUGGGUCUGACAAUCGCCGCGGCCACAUACCAAGACAUGUUGCAGAUGGUCGAAACCGAGAAAACCCUACGCAAGAACCUCCUGGAUGCGGGCGUUUCUAACGCUGAGCGCGAGGCUUUCGAGUUGCUUCCUGAUGACGAGAGACAAUGUGACACUUGUAAAACUACAUGCUUCCUUUCUGCAGUAACUUGCAAAUGCUCACCUGAUGUGCUUGUUUGUCUUCGACAUUACGCUAACCUAUGCAGUUGUCAUCCAGAGAAUUACACUCUUCGUUAUCGUUACACGUUAGAUGAGUUACCUGUAAUGCUAAAAUCGUUGAAAUUGAAGGCCGAGUCGUUCGACCAUUGGGUUAACCGGGUUAAGGAUGCUCUAGACCCGAAAACCCCGAAAACGUUAACGUUGCAAGAAUUGAAAGCGUUACUGAACGAAGCCGACGGCAAAAAGUUCCCGAAGUGUGAUUUGCUUCAAACGUUAACGGAUGCCGUCGACGACGCAGAGAAGUGCGCAAGAGUGAUUCAGCAACUUGACUUAAACAAAAUGCGCACGAGGACUCGGAAUUCGUCGGACACUAAGUACAAACUGACUUUGAAAGAAUUAAUUUUGUUCAAUGAAGAAUUAGAUAGCUUAGUUUGUAUUUUAGAGGAAGCAAAGAGUAUUAAAGAUUUAUUAGAUGAAACUAAGAAAUUCGAAACCACUAGUAAAAAUUUGUUGGAAAUGAAGUUGAGUGAUUGUUCGAUUUCGGAUUUAGAAACAUGUAUUAGUCAAGGAAACAAUUUGUGUAUAGAACUUCCAAAUUUACGUAGUAUUAAAUUGAGAUUACGUCAGUGCGUUUGGCUUAACGACGUGUUGUCGUAUAAGAAGAAAACCGAAGUUUUGGGACUGGAGUCCAUCAAAAAUAUUAUCAAAACGGGUGGUCAGUUGCCGCCUAAUCCCGAAAUUGAGAAUGAGUUGAGCGAACUGCAAACUUUACUAACGAGGAGUGAGGAAUGGGAACAGAAGGCACAAGACAUUCUAAAAGAUACUGGAAGCGAAGUACUUAUAGAAGUCGACAAACUCCUCAAAGAAGCAGGACAAAUAAAUUCGUAUCUUCCGUCAGAAGAGUUCCUUUUUGAAGCUAUGGAUCGUGCUAGAGAUUGGUUACGUCAACUCGAGGAAAUGAAUUCCGCCGAGUGUUACCCAUACUUCAACGACAUGGAAGAGUUAAUCAAGAAAGGUCAUCAAUUAUCUCUUCAUUUGGUCGAAGUUAGCAAAUUAGAAUCGUACCUCGAAACCGCCAACGCCUGGAAGGAGAAAACCAGUCGGGCGUUCCUCCGAAAAAACUCCACCUUCACUCUAAUGGAAGCACUAUCGCCUCGGGUACAAUUCAACAAUGUUAACAAGUGCCGGAAAAAGGGUCCAGAAGACGAUCACGGCAUCUUUAACUUGACCAGUGAUAUGGACCCAGCAACUGUGGUUUCCCUAUUCAAAGAAGCCGAACACAAAGAAAUGGAACUAAUCCGAAACGUGAGAGCUUCAAACUCGGAAAAGAACCUCGACCCGAAUGACACUACCACGUACUGCGUUUGCCAGAGAGGUCUCUUCGGUUUGAUGAUGCAAUGCGAACUCUGCAAGGACUGGUUUCACUCAAAUUGCGUCCCACUUCCCAAAGUUGCGUCUUCAAAGUACAAAGGAAACUUCACAAGCGUCGCACUUCAUUUGGGUUUCAAAGACUGUAAAUUCCUGUGUCCCACCUGCUUUAGGACUAAGAGGCCGCGUCUGGACGCCAUUCUUCUCCUUUUGAUGUCCCUGCAGAAGCUAUACGUGAGAGUCCCGGAGGGCGAAGCCCUCCAAAGCCUCACCGAGCGCGCGAUGAACUGGCAAGACCGCGCCCGACAAUUGAUGCAGCACCCGGAACUCGAAGCAGCUAAAAACAAACUGUCUUCGUUUAGCCAGAAGUACUCGGAGGCUGCGGCUCGACAAAGAACCGAGAAAAUCAUCACCAGUGAACUGAAAAGAGCGUACAAGAACCCGGAGCUGCACGCGAGGGUGAACGAAAUUGCGCCCUAUAGUGGGGUGAACCAGGAGGACCACCGGACCGAAGAGAAUUCAAUCGUCACGGACUCCUCGGACGACUCGAAGGGGUAUGCUUCGGCCGACGACCGCAUGGGGGAGCACGCAUACUCGCUGCACUUCCCCAAGUUUGAUAACAGCGAGUACAAGCUUUUGAUACCUCCAGAGAUCAAGAAGCAGAUAGAGGAGCUCCUGCUGGAGGGUGACCUUUUGGAGGUGUACCUGGACGAGACCUUCCAGCUGUGGAAGCUGCUUCAAGCGUCGCGGGAUUCCGACAAAGACGCGAUUUUGAUCGACUUCGACAUGCACUCGAAGAACUUGCCUUCGAAGCGCGGGCGUAAGCGGCGGUCUGACGAGCUCGAGCUGCUGAAGAAGACGAAGGUUGUAAAGAACGAGCUCGAGAAUAAGAAGGUGAAGCCGCAAAAAGCCAAAGAGAUUUCGCAAGGGAAGAAGGAAGGGACGCGUCGUAAGGGUCGGCGCCGUCAGUCCACGGGGUCGGAGGACGACGACGAAGAUAUUUGCGCGGCGACGGGUUGUCUGAAGCCUUCCGGUGAGAACGUCGAUUGGGUUCAAUGUGACGGUGGGUGUGAUAAGUGGUUUCAUAUGGCUUGCGUUGGUCUGUCGGCGCAGGACAUAUGCGAGGAUGAGGAUUACAUUUGUAUGACCUGCUCACAAAAUACUUACGGGACACUUAACACCAUGGAUAGUUUAUCGUCUGUCAGUUCUGAAUGUUCCACUCUUACCCAGCCUUCCACGUCUAAAGACUCUGUUCAGUGCAAAUUUUAGUCAUAAAUGUCCAGGGGUUAUCCGAUGGACUGAUAUGAGUAUUUUAUAGUAUAGGUAAUGUAUACACUGUUCAGUUGUGAUAAUUUAAGAUAAGAAAUGUAAAAAUAUUUUCUUGUAUCAUUAUCAUUUUUACAUUUGAAUUAAGUAUGCCUAUGUUUUUUUGUAUAUUAAUUUGUUUUUCGAUAAAUAACGCUAUUUUUAAUCUAGUGGUUUAUCUACAGUUCAAAUAUUGUGUGGCGACCUUUUUUUUUCGUAUUCGAAAGAUGAACCACGGUUGAUUCAUAUAAAUUAAUUGUUUUAUUUAUUUUUGUCGUCGUUUUUCCUCUUCUUUGAUUGUGCACCAUCUACAGCACAAUAGAGAUUAUCUUUAUUUUUCUAUAUUUUAUUUCUUGUUUAUGAUGUUUGAUUUUCUGAUAGUUAUAAGAAGUAUUAUUAAUAAUAACAUUAUUGUCCUUGCAUUUUUUUUGUCAAUAAAUACUUUUGGAUACUA